UUUUAGUCAAAGGUCAUGUGUGUGUCUUGUCAAAGGCCAGCUUCCAAUGGAAUCAUUGUCCCCCGGGACAGCGGCCCCCUGACUACAUCUGCAUUGGAGAAAUCCCAAAAGCAAACGGCCCAGUGCAAACAAGAGCAGUCCGGAGCAGCCGGCCUGGGCACAGCUCCCGGGUCCCGGCCCGCAGCUGAGGCCACAUUCGCAGCACCCGAGACGCCACAGGCACAGACACGCCCGCAGCAUGACCCGCUACGCGGAUCCGGUACGGCAAUAUCCCUGCUCACUUUUGCCAUUGGUGUCAACAUCUGCUUAGGAUUCACAGCAAAUCGAGUUAAGAGAGCAGAAGGGUGGGAUGAAGGUCCUCCAACAGUGUUGUCAGACUCCCCCUGGACCAACACCUCUGGAACUUGCAAGGGCAGAUGCUUUGAACUUGAAGAGAUUGGACCUCCUGAUUGUCGGUGUGACAACUUGUGUAAGAGCUAUAGCAGUUGCUGCCAUGACUUUGAUGAGCUCUGUUUAAAGACAGCUCGUGGCUGGGAGUGUACGAAGGACAGAUGUGGAGAAGUAAGGAAUGACGAAAAUGCCUGUCACUGCUCCGAGGACUGCUUGGCCAGGGGAGACUGCUGUACUAACUACCACGUGGUUUGCAAAGGAGAGUCACAUUGGGUAGAUGAUGACUGUGAGGAAAUAAAGGCCCCGGAAUGUCCUGCAGGGUUUGUUCGUCCUCCAUUAAUCAUCUUCUCAGUGGAUGGCUUCCGUGCAUCAUAUAUGAAGAAAGGGAGCAAAGUCAUGCCUAACAUAGAAAAACUAAGAUCAUGUGGCACACAUUCUCCCUACAUGAGGCCUGUGUACCCAACAAAAACCUUCCCUAACUUAUACACUUUGGCCACUGGACUAUAUCCAGAGUCACAUGGAAUUGUUGGCAAUUCAAUGUAUGAUCCUGUAUUUGAUGCCACUUUCCAUCUUCGAGGGAGAGAGAAAUUUAAUCACCGAUGGUGGGGAGGUCAGCCGCUAUGGAUUACAGCCACCAAGCAAGGGGUGAAAGCUGGGACAUUCUUUUGGUCUGUUAUCAUCCCUCAUGAACGGAGAAUAUUAACCAUACUGCAGUGGCUCACUCUGCCAGACAACGAGAGGCCUUCAGUCUAUGCCUUCUAUUCUGAACAACCUGAUUUCUCCGGACACAAAUAUGGCCCUUUUGGCCCUGAGGAGAGUAGUUAUGGCUCACCUCUUACUCCGGCUAAGAGACCUAAGAGGAAAGUUGCCCCUAAGAGGAGACAGGAAAGACCAGUUGCUCCUCCAAAGAAAAGAAGAAGAAAAAUACAUAGGAUGGAUCAUUAUGCUGCGGAAACUCGUCAGGACAAAAUGACAAAUCCUCUGAGGGAAAUUGACAAAAUUGUGGGGCAAUUAAUGGAUGGACUGAAACAACUAAAGCUGCAUCGAUGUGUAAAUGUCAUCUUUGUUGGAGAUCAUGGAAUGGAAGAUGUUACAUGUGACAGAACUGAGUUCCUGAGCAAUUACCUGACUAAUGUGGAUGAUAUUACUUUAGUGCCUGGAACGCUAGGAAGAAUCCGAUCCAAAUUUAGCAAUAAUGCUAAAUAUGACCCCAAAGCCAUUAUUGCGAAUCUCACGUGUAAAAAACCAGAUCAGCACUUCAAGCCUUACAUGAAACAGCACCUUCCCAAACGUUUGCAUUAUGCCAACAACAGAAGAAUCGAAGAUAUCCACUUAUUAGUGGAUCGCAGAUGGCAUGUUGCAAGGAAACCUUUGGAUGUUUAUAAGAAACCGUCAGGAAAAUGUUUUUUCCAGGGAGACCAUGGAUUUGAUAACAAGGUCAACAGCAUGCAGACUGUUUUUGUAGGUUAUGGCCCUACAUUUAAGUACAAGACUAAAGUGCCUCCAUUUGAAAAUAUCGAACUUUACAAUGUAAUGUGUGAUCUCCUGGGAUUGAAGCCAGCCCCCAAUAAUGGCACCCAUGGAAGUUUAAAUCACCUCCUACGUACCAAUACCUUUAGGCCAACCAUGCCAGAGGAAGUUACCAGGCCCAGUUAUCCAGGGAUUAUGUAUCUUCAAUCUGAGUUUGACCUGGGCUGCACCUGUGAUGAUAAGGUAGAGCUAAAGAACAAAUUGGAUGAACUCAACAAACGCCUUCAUACGAAAGGGUCUACAGAAGAGAGACACCUCCUCUAUGGACGCCCAGCAGUGCUCUAUAGAACUAGAUAUGAUAUCUUAUAUCACACUGACUUCGAAAGCGGCUAUAGCGAAAUAUUCCUAAUGCCACUCUGGACAUCAUACACUGUUUCUAAACAGGCUGAGGUCUCUGGCAUCCCCGAGCAUCUGACCAAUUGUGUCCGGCCUGAUGUCCGCAUUUCUCCAAGUUUCAGUCAGAACUGUUUGGCCUACAAAAAUGAUAAACAGAUGUCCUAUGGAUUCCUCUUUCCUCCUUAUCUGAGUUCUUCACCAGAAGCGAAAUAUGAUGCAUUCCUUGUAACUAAUAUGGUUCCAAUGUAUCCUGCUUUCAAACGGGUUUGGAAUUAUUUCCAAAGGGUAUUGGUAAAGAAAUAUGCUUCGGAAAGAAAUGGAGUUAAUGUGAUCAGUGGACCAAUUUUUGACUAUGACUAUGAUGGCUUACAUGACACAGAGGACAAAAUCAAACAGUACGUGGAAGGCAGUCCCAUCCCUGUUCCAACUCACUACUACAGCAUCAUCACAAGUUGCCUGGAUUUCACUCAGCCCGCUGACAAGUGUGAUGGCCCCCUCUCUGUGUCUUCAUUCAUCCUUCCUCACCGCUCUGACAAUGAUGAGAGCUGCAACAGUUCAGAAGAUGAGUCGAAAUGGGUAGAGGAACUCAUAAAGAUGCACACAGCUCGAGUGCGAGACAUUGAACAUCUCACUAGUCUGGAUUUCUUCCGAAAGACCAGCCGCAGCUAUUCUGAAAUUCUGGCCCUCAAGACAUACCUGCAAACAUAUGAGAGUGAAAUUUAACUUUCUGAUCAUCCGCAGUACAGUCUUAUCAACUGGUGUAUAUUUUUAUAUUGUUUUUGUAUUUAUUAAUUUGAACCAGUACAUUAAAAAAAUGUUAGUAUUCUAAUCCUGUACCAAAUCUGACAUAGUAUCCCUGAAUGACUCUACUGUUUUUCUCUAAUGCUUGAUUUAGGUAGUCUUGUGUUCUGGGUAGUGCUUGUAAUAAAUACUGCAGCUUGAGUUUUUAGUGGAAGCUUUUAAAUGGUGCUGCAGAUUUGAUAUUUGCAUUGAGGAAAUAUUAAUUUUCCAAUGCACAGUUGCCACAUUUAGUCCUGUACUAUUUUGAAAUACUGAUUUUGUAAAGUUCCAUUCAUUUCCUGUUAACUCUGACAGACAUAUUUAAGCCUUAUAGACCAAUCUUAAAUAUAAUAAAUCACACAUUCAGUUUUC